AUGAGGAUGAUUUGUGGGUCCUAUUAUUGGCCCAAAGAAGACAAACUGAAGCCAGAAGGCGAUGACGCCCACUUCAUAUGUGCACAAGAGCAGACUAUUGGUGUGGCAGAUGGCGUGGGUGGUUGGGCAAAGCAUGGUGUAGAUGCUGGCCAGUACGCAAGAGAACUCAUGUGCAACUCGAUCAUGUCGGUCCAAAAACAAACCAUUGUUGACCCCUUAGCUUAUGCAGACACCAAGUGUGAAGGGUCCUCAACCGCUUGCAUUGUCACGCUUAGAGAAACAGGAGUUUUACACUUUGUAAACGUUGGGGAUAGUGGUUUGAUGGUGUUUAGAAACUACAAACUCUUGUACAUGUCUCCUCGUGAACAGCGUAGUUUUAACUGUCCGUAUCAACUGGGCAACAGCAGAGGCAGUGAUAAUCCUUGUAGCGCAACAGAGAUCGAAAUUAGAGUAUUUCCAGGGGAUAUUGUAGUGAUUGGGACUGAUGGAUUGUGGGACAACAUGUACCCGAAUGAAAUAGAGCAAGUUGUUCUGGGAAACAUGAGAGAAAGUCGUGUGAUGAAGCCGCAGGCGUUGGCUUGUCUUUUGGCAGAUUUGGCCUGGCUUAGGUCUCUGGACAAGGACAGCUUUAGUCCUUACUCAAAAGCGGCUCAGGAGGCUGGAAAGAAUCAUCCAGGAGGCAAGAAGGACGACAUUACUGUUGUAGUAGGUCAUAUUAUGGUGACUUCUCCGGUCUGCUCUUGUGUUGAGGAUUUUGUGGAUAGACCUCUUGAAAUCAUAUGGGAUAACACAAAACCAGUGGAGCGGGCGACCUCCACUCCCUGGUGA